AUGAAUUUGCUUGCGAUUGUCCUUCUUUUCUCUAGCGUUUUGGCCAAAAAGGUCUUUAUCGACAACGAUGGGUUAACAGCACCAAUUGCGCUAUUCCCACUCAAGGCAGGCUGGGAAAUCGUUGGCAUAUCUGGAUCAUUUGGCUCGGCUUCGCUAGUGGAUUCCAUGGCCCAGAUUUCAUCUGUUCGUGAAAUCUACAAUCUUACUCAGUGCAUCCCACAAUAUAAAGGGGCCAGUCAACCCUUGUUGCGUACUCCAGAAACGUUUCAAAUUUGGGAAGAAUUGUUUGGCACGUUGGUUUGGCAAGGUGCAUUCACCCCCGGCUAUCAAGAUGUGUAUACGUGGGACAAUGUCACUUUUGACGAUAGUAAAAUGGCUGCUGUAGCUUUGAUCGAUGCAGUUAAAGCCAAUAAGGAUACUGACCCUGUUUACGUUUAUGCUGCAGGCAUGAUGACUACAAUUGCCCAGGCUAUCAGUUUGUAUCCUCCUUUGGUCAACGAGUCUGCUGGGUUAUACAUCAUGGGUGGAUACUUCGAUACUCAGUAUGCUGCUGGCACGGGAGCACCCAUAAUUAACGAUAUCAACACAGAUAUCAACUUGAUGGACGAUCCGGAAGCAGCCCAGAUUGUAUUCACUGCUGGGUGGAAAAAGCUCGUUAUUGGUGCCAACGUCACAAACUAUCUAGUUCCAAGUCAAGCACUUUACGACAGAAUUCUUGCUCGUGCAGACUUGACGGUUGAACAGUUGGCCGAGAUCCCAUAUUUCCAGCAACUAAGCACCUUGUUGGCUACUGGCAACUAUACUGAAAAUAAUGACCAACAAACGUUGCCAUUCUGGGAUGAAGUUGUCCUGGCAUUCAUGGUUUUCCCCGAUUUGAUAGAGAGUUCAACGGAUUUCAGUGUUGCUGUAGACACCCAGUUUUACUCUCCAUUUUACGGAUCAUUGAGAAUCUGGGGCCACGAGUUUGCCCCAAAGGGAGUCAAGACUGGUAAUGCCACAAUCAUUAAUCUGAUCAAUGACGAUAAAUUUUAUGAUUUAUUGAUUGACGUUUAUUUUGAUGACUUUAGAUCAUACUGCCACGAUCAAUCAAUCUAUGAAUACCAAUUUGAUUAA